AUGGAUAAGACCUAUUACACCCUUCUUUCGGCUGUGUGGGACAGAAAUAUCCCGCUGUACGUCAGGCUCGAGCAUCUCCGCCAGCACUUGUACGCCAAGACCGGACUUCUGUGCAACACCAGGUACGACACCAACCUCCUUGAUGAGCUCACGCCCACCUCCCUCCGCAACCAUAUAAUGAUCCUCAUCUUUGUCAGCCAAGAUGUUCCCGCAGCCGAGCGGCCGAGCGACGCACAUGAACUUGCAAUCGGGCGCAAACCGCGCGCGGUCGCGUCGUUCAAGUCCCCCACGGUCUGGUUGAACUCGAAGCAGCACCUACACACGCACGGGAUCUUCCCCUCGGCAGAGCACGGCUCGAGCUCGCCCCCGCAGUUCACCGUCGGGUUCGAGACCCCGCUCGUGUCUGGGGUGCACGAGGUGGAGAGGCUCCCGCCGACGCCGCUGGCUGCUUCCCCCGCUCUCGACCCGGACGAACGCAGGGGUGCUUCCGUGCACGGCCUCCCCAAAUCGCUCCCCGCCGGGUCCGGAUCCGGGAGCGCAGGCGACGGCUCGGACUCGGAGGACAAGUACUUCGUGGUGUCGUGCCUGCUGCUGCCCGUGCCGCUCCCCGCGGUCGCGUCGGCGAAGUGGGACCUGGACCCAGACGCGUAUGAGGAGCGGAACUCGGACGUGCAGGCCUGA